AUGUCGCAGGACACUCGUCCGGGGUCUAUUGACCAAGAUCAUCGGGAAGAUGACAAGAAGCCCAAGAGCCGCCGACCAGCGAAUACUGCUUUCCGCCAGCAGCGACUGAAAGCAUGGCAACCCAUCCUCACUCCGAAAAGUGUCCUACCUCUGUUCUUCAUCAUUGGCGUCGUGUUUGCCCCCAUCGGUGGUGUCCUUCUUUGGGCGAGCUCCCUAGUCCAAGAAAUCUCCAUCGACUAUUCCGACUGCUCAAGGUUGGCCCCAUUGGAUAGGGAGGGCCCCGUUCCCACUUACUCGGCGACUUUCAAAUCCAAAAUGCGAAGUGCCCCUACAUGGCAGCGAUCGGUCAACAGUUCGACACAAGAUACCACUUGCACCCUGAUUUUCGACAUUCCGGAUGACCUCCCAGCGCCCGUUUUCAUGUACUACCGUCUCACCAACUUCUACCAAAAUCACCGCCGUUACGUCCAGUCGCUCGACCUAAAUCAACUCAAGGGAGAUGCUGUCUCCUAUGGUACUCUGAAAGGUGGCACAUGCGAUCCUCUAGCAGUCAACGAAACAGCCAAGAAACCUAUUUACCCAUGUGGACUGAUUGCCAACUCAAUGUUCAAUGACUCCAUUGGGAACCCCCAAUUACGCUCGCCCGAGGGAUCGGCGAACGGAAAGCUGACCCCCUACAUUAUGAACAAGAAAGGCAUUGCGUGGCAAAGCGACAAGGAACUCAUCAAGAAGACCAAAUACACCACCUCAGAGGUCUCCCCGCCCCCAAACUGGCGUUGGGCUGUAAACAACGGCGACUACCUAGAGAUGGAUAAACUUCAUGAUAAUGAAGAUUUCUUGGUCUGGAUGAGAACGGCUGGGCUACCAUCAUUCAGCAAGCUUUCCAGGCGCAACGACAAUGAGAGCAUGUCUGCCGGCCUCUAUUCAAUUGACAUUACUGACUAUUUCAAUGUCACGGAAUACUCGGGCACGAAGUCAAUCUUGAUCUCUACUCGAACCGCUCUUGGGGGCAAGAACCCAUUCAUGGGAAUCGCCUAUGUCGUGGUUGGGGGCGUCUGUGUGCUUCUUGGGGCCCUGUUCACUGUCGCACACUUGGUGCGUCCAAGAAAACUCGGUGAUCACACCUAUCUGACCUGGGACUCGAAUCAACCGAGUACGGGGACUGCCACGGGGCGAGACGACCGGUUUAACAAUGGACCUUGA